CUCGCGUUUACCAGUAGCCAAGAAGUUUCUUUCUUGCGUGGAAUGAAGUUCUGAGAAAGAAAGAGUGAACAUUUAUUGAAAAGAAAAACUGUGAAAAGUGAGAAUCACGAGAUAAAAUAAAGAAGUAAACUUAAAUCGAGGAAAGAGGAUGAUGGAUUAUUUUCGAAAAGCUGCGUUCCUGCACGCGAUUCUCGUAAUUGCGUGUUCGCUUCAGCCGUCGCUCUCGUUGCCCGCUGGAUCUUCGGAUGUCCACUACGAGGAUACUGUGAAAGAGGUGGAAGAUCUGAUCCAAGCCGAUCCGUCUUUGCCGCGACUGACGCGCGGCGAAAUCUUGGAGAUUUUGGAUAACAUCACCAAAGAGGAAAGCGAUUUGGGGAGCAGAGAUCAAAAGUCUAUUAUGGUGGUGAUGCCGUAUUCACCGGACAGCGAACGUAACGAAGACAUGCAGGAUCUGUACACGAAACCACCGGUGACGCACAUCAUCGGUGACAGCGGCGAAGAGAAAUCGAAGAAAAAGAAGGCGCCGAAAACGCCGCUCCAAACCGUCAAAACAACUAAACUGCUUCCUGUAACCACGGAAACAACAACAAAAUACGUUACUAGGAAACCGGAAUCAUCAACUAAGAUAGUUUACGUGACGGAAGCUCCUGAAACCACGAAGAAAUUUGAGCGUCAUCCGAACCAUAAAUACCCAGAUGAGGAUAAAAUCUUCGCGCAAUCGUCCACCAAAAGACCGUACAGGGUUAAAUCGACGACACAAAAACCGGCGACUCGUCCUGAGUACGUUUACAGGACGAAAACGACGACCCAGAAACCCAUCUCGAAUCAAGGAUUGAACAUAAUCACAGCUCCCACUUUGAUCCCGGAAGCGGCGAAGCUGAUAAACAAGAAACCGGUCGCGUCUCCGGCUCUGGUCGACACGAUGCAAUUACCGGAAGAUUUCAAGAACGUUUUGAAGAAUCUGGACACGCUCAUUAAGGAAAACCCGGAAUACAGCGCUCAGUACGAGGCUUUGAGUCCGUUACCCACAAAUCCACCUUACGUGGAAACGACAACAGCUAACGCCGAUUUGCAGAACGUCGCUAAUAACUUAUCACCAGACAUGAAAGAGCUAUUGAUGAAUUUCGGUUUGAUCCCAGAUUUGAAUAAGAAAAAAGUGCCUUCAGUACAAACGAAACCUUUUCAAUCUGCAAGCUUAGAUAUUAACCCGAAUUCGUACGUAAGUUUCAAACCUUUACCCGAAUCGACGAUGGGAAGUAGUGACGAUGGAAUGGACGAGUUUUUAGCGAAAUUCGGGCUCGGUGGAAAGAACAGUCAACGAUCGCAGAAAGCCAUCAGCGCGCAAAAACCGAAGAACGAAUUGGAUAAAGGUCAAUUCAAUUUGGACAUGAUUCCCGACCAUCUGAAGGGAGUAUUAGCUGAUAUCGGUAUUCAAGGAAAGAGGAAUGAUCAAAAGUCCAUCCCUUUGCACCAUCAGAAAGGACCCAAUCCCAUAGAUUUCGAUAGCAGCGUCGAUAAAAACGAGUACAAAAGGCAACAAAGCACAACAACAACAGAAAAACCAGCAGAGCCACAAAACGGUUCGAUGAAAGAUCUGGAAGAUUCCUUCGGAGGAUCUUCGGACGUCGUCAAGGAAACUGUAGAUGUAACGACGGAGGCUCCCAAAAGGACCGGUUUCUACUACCUAGUGGAUUGGAACACUUUCCUGGACAUCGACAAUCAAAAAGGAAAACGCGUCAAUUUACGUUUCCAACCGACAAUAGGAGAUCCGAAGCGAUUCCUCUCCGUCUCCGUCCCGUAAAUUACCAAAAAUCUAAGCAGGUUGUGGUUUCUAAACAAAAGGGAUUUAUACUGUAUAUAUACA